AUGGCACGGUUACAUGACGACGGUCAACAAGACGUCAAUUGCACAGAGAUCCUAAGUCCCCAACCAUUUGCCCCUCCAGGCAAAGGCUUCCUCGUAUCCUCUCUCGAGUCCGGCAACGGGAUAGACCCUGCCGAUAAUGCCCAGAUGUCCUCCCCCCAAGAAUAUGGAUACAACUCUUCCUCCUCCUCCACCCGCCAUUCAACAAGCGACGUCUUCGGCCGUGAAAUGGACGAUGAACUAGACCAGCUGAAAUCCAGAGCAUCGAGUCGCUCCUCACUAUCCUCAAUUCCAGCCUCCGUCCUCAUCCACCCAGUCGACAGAAUGAAACAAAUGCCAGACAUGGACAUCCACGAAAAGAUAGCGGGCUAUAGAGUAGAAGAGUCCGAAGCUAGCUUCGGCGACUUCAACGACGUCCCAGCUAACAUCCGCACCAUCCGCCACCGCGAAGCCGCAUUCCGAAAACCAAGUUCCGUCAGGGCAAUGCAGAUGCACACAGAAGACGAGGCCGACGAAGACGAGUAUCUAACGCCCCCACGCCGACGACCAGGCCUCCGCUCACGGUCACCUGGUGCUUCGCCACUAAAACGAUCACCGCGAUCACCGUACUACUCGCCAAAUGCCUCGAAACAACCAAAGCCGAAGAAGGAGGCUCCACUCGUGCUGCUGCAUUGCACCCUUCUCCCACCCUCCAUCCCAGUACAUGGAGCAGCAGACCCAAGAAACCAGGGCAUCCUGGAAGACGAGCUACCGGCGGAAUACUGGAAGCGAUGGCGGCGUCUGCAAGACCGGGUUGGAUCAGGUGUGCUUCGCGAUCGCGGCGUGUUGAUCUCGCACCCGGAGGAUCUGUACGAUAUUCUAGAGGAGCGGCUACUGGAGAGCCUCGAGCUACAGCGGCCACGUCUUCAGAACGGACACUUCGUGGGUCGGGAGGACGAUGGUUCUGGCUCUGAGGGGGAUUUCUCAGAUGUCGAAGAGAGUGAAACGGACGGCGAGCAGGGUGAUGAGUGUCCCGACUGUGGGAACCAUGUGCGACACGGAGAUAGUAACCGGAAGUGGGAGAUUCGGGUGUUUGCUGCGAACGGCCUGAUGCGCGCUGGGGCUUGGGCUGCUGCGUGGCGCGAUAUGGAGAAGGUUGAUGUCGAGGUUGGACUUUGGUUGCCUUCUGAUGUGCGCCGUGGUCUGGAGAGGAGGCUUGCGGAGGAGCAGAUGGCAAUUGUGGAGCAGGCUCAGAUUCAGACGCCGCAGAUGCAAAUGCAGAUGCAGAUGCAGAUGUCGCCGAUGAGUGAUGGUGGGCAGCAGUCCCUACCAGAGAUUCUGCAGUCGCCUAGACAGAGCCAUGCUCGCAUGAUCAGCGAUGUAGGCUCUUCCCAGUCUGAUGAGAUGACGUUCGGGAAUGGUUUCAGUCAAGCUGAGGCUCGACUUGACCAUGCGGCUGAGUUUGGACGGCAGAUGAAGAAAGAACAUGAGAUUGCUCUCUCGACUCUCCUGGUCAAUUAUAUCCGUGUUCUCGCGGCUGAUAGACGCAAUAUUGCCCUGCUUAUUCUCAGUGUCCUCGUGGUUUUCCUUGCUAUUGGUCCUCGCCAGCAACAUGUCUCUAUCUACUCCCAUCUUGGCUCUUUUCCUCAGGCCUUGCCGAAUGACUUCCUGCACUCUUCGGAUAUGCCGCGUUUGAGUGUGGGUCCAUCUAUGUCUUCUUCUGUCUCUUUUGCGCGUUCUGUCAGUGCGACCGAUGCACUAGUCGACAGCUCAGUUCGCUCUGUGCCGACUGACUUUGCGGCUGCUAGUGAGACUGAGGUGAUUCCAAUGCCUGAGAUAUCUGAGUCUGCUUCUCUGAUUUUGGGCUCUCCUGGUUCUCACUCUCAGCCUCCGCACUCAGUAGAGCCCAUAGAGACUACAGCACCACCCCAGCUGCUGGAGAAUUACCAGGUUCAACUCGACGAGGCACCGGAUUAUGCUUCUUUGCCUGCUGUCCCUAUGGAAUCUCCCAUUGUGCCUGUGGAGGCCGUGGAGCCUAUAGAAACCACGCAACCCCAGUUUGAGGACAACGCAGAUGCUGCUUUGGUUAACACUGUGGACGCUCCUGUUGUGUCUUCAGAAUCCUCUCCUUAUUCCACCGACUCUGUCGAGUCUUUCGUCUUGUCAGAUGUAUCUAUAGAGACUGCACAACCCAAAUUCGAGGACAAUGCGCAUGAUUCUUUGGAUGACACUAUGGACUCUCCUGUUCUGUUAGAUAUGCCUACAGACAAUGAGCAGCCCCAGCUUGAGAGCGAGACAGAAACAUUUUUGGAUGACACUGUUGAACCUCUCGUUAUGCCCACUGAGUCUUCCUCCACUGACUCUGUCGUGUCCUCCGUUCUGUUGGAUGUGACUACGGAAAUUGCACAGCCUAACCCCGAAGACGAAAAAGAAGAGCAACACGAAGAAAACGAACAAACAGAUUGA